GUCGAACAAACGCAGUUUGUAAACUGGUUCUGCUACGCAUGCGCGGCUCGGAACAGUUUGGGAUUUCCGCUGCGUUCGAAAGCUCCCCGUUUUCGUCACUUACCGCGUUGAGCGCUGCACGUCAUGAAAGCAGCAGGAGUGGACAAAUCCGCUAAUAUCCUCACUGCGCAUGCGCAAGACGGUUGGAAACUGGUACAUAAACAAAAUUGGUAUUCCGCUGCAAAUUGCGAAAAUCGUGAUGGAAAGCGCCAAAGAUGUCGGCGUACAGAGCGACCUUCCAGUAUUCUGGAGCCGAGAAGCGACGCUAGCUUUGUUGAACGCGUAUGAAGUACAGAGGGAUCGCUUAGGUAAAGACUUUCGUUUUAAGAACUACAUGUGGGUUGCAAUAUCCCUUGCACUGAAGAAUGAGAUGGGGAUGAACUUCACACCAGCCCAGUGCGAGAACAGGUGGAGAGUUCUUUUGCGCAGUUACAAGAGAGCGAUGGACAAUAAUUUGAAGUUAUCGAGGAGAAGAAAGGACUUUGUGUACCAAGAUGCGAUGCAGAAGAUACUGAAGGGAGAAGACAUCAUCAGACCAGUGUCGCAGUCGGAUGAGACAGGUGUGCUUUCUAGUGGUGGAAAAUCGAAUGUACAGGUAGGGAACAGUGGUAGUGAACCUGAGACAGUGCCAAAUAGUGGUAACGAAUUACUAAUUAAUAGUGGAAAAUCUAAUGCGAACAGUGAAGUGAUUAGUAGUGAACCUGAGCCAACAGCAGGUAGUGGUAAACAAUUAUUCAUUAUCAGAGGAAACUCCAGUGUGAAUAGUGAUGGGAUUAGUAGUGAACCUGCGCCUUUACCAAGUAAAAAUUUCUUCAUUAUCAGUACAAAACCCACUAUGAACAGUGAUGUGAUUUGUAGGCCUAGUGAAACCGAACCCUCACUAAAUAGCGGUAAACAGUUAUUCAUUAUCACUGGAAAACCCUGUGUGAACAAUGAUAGGAUUAGUGGUGAACCUGAGCCAGCACCAGGUAGUAAUAAACAAUUAUUCAUUAUCAGUGCAAAAACGAAUGGGAACAGUGAUAGGAUUAACAGUGAACCUGCGCUAACACCAAGUAGUAGUAAACAAUUGUUACUCAUCAGUGGAAAAUCCAAUGGGAACAGUGAUGGGAUUAGUAGUGAGCCUGAGCUGACACCAAGUAGUAGUAGUAAACAAUUAUCACUCAUCAGUGGAAAAUCCAAUGGGAACAGUGAUGGGAUUAGUAGUGAACCUGAGCUGACACCAAGUAGUAGUAGUACACAAUUAUUACUUAUCAGUGGAAAAUCCAAUGUGAACAGUGAUAGGAGUAGUAAUAAACCUGAGCCACCACCAAGUAGUAAUGAACCUGCACCAGCAGCAAGCAGUAGCAAACAGUUAUUUACCAAUCCUUCUGAAUCAUCAGUUAGUCCACCAGAAAAGAGAAGGAAGCUGAAACAGUCGUUCUUACAACAGAUAAGAGCUGACAGGAAACUUUACUACGAGAAAAAACUGGAAGUAGACAGGGAGAGACUUGAAGGCUUAGAAAGGAGAAAUGAUGAGUUACUGCAGUUAAAGAAAAUGAAGCUUCAACAAGCAGAGAGAAUGAUUGCAUUUGAAGAAGAAAAGCUCAAAUGUGAAAAAGAAAAACUUGUAAUUUCUAGUGAAAAAUUAAAAAUGUAUCGUAGGUUAGUUCAGCUACAAGAAGAAAGCAAUGACAUUUUGAGAUCUAUUAAUGACCAAUUUGAUUUUUUACUAUAAGUGAUCGAGCCCCUUGUGUGACUAUUCACAUGUUCUUUUCUGGUAAUUGAUUUUCGCUGAUGUUUUUUUGCCAUUUGUAGAACUUUCUUGAUACAUGCUCACAUUCUAUUUUUGGCUCCUUGUAUGACAGACGGCACUUCCCUUUGCACUACCUAUUAGUGGUACUUCCCAUUCCAUUCACGUAUUGAGCAAGAGAAGAAUGAUUGCUUAAAUGCAUCUGUGUGCAUUAUAAUUAGCCUAUUCUUGUUUUACUGGUGCUUUGGGAGUGAUACAUUGGGGAUUUUAGUUUAUUCCUAGAGCACUCUCUUGAAACUUAGAAGUAGGUUUCGAAUAUAGUUUGCAUCUAUCUUCAAGUGUCUACCAGUUCAAGUUUUCAGAAUUUCCGUGAAGUUAUCCCAUGAGUCAAACAAACCUGGGAUCAUUCGUGUAGCACUUCUUUCCUGUGUAUUCAGUAUUCCCUGUUACUUCUGUUUCAUUGG